AUGGAUAGAGAACCAGAGGAGCUUCAGUUUCUGGGAUUGUUUGGAAUCUACAAGGAAUCCUUCAAGAUCAUACUCUCAUGGAGAAAAAUCUUCAACAAGAUCACCCUUGCCCUAAUCCUCCCACUCACCUUCAUCUUCCUAGCUCACAUCCAAAUCUCUGAGCUCAUCAUGUCCAAACUUAUGCAAAACGAAGAAGCCCUAAACUUCACUCGUCCAAAUACGCCCACCUCCCAACGCCUUAGCGAUCGAAUCUCAUCGGAAUGGGUUGCUUAUUGGCUCUUCAAGGCGGCUUAUCUCGUCGUCCUUCUCAUCUUCUCCCUUCUCUCCACCUCUGCUGUCGUUUACUCAAUCGCUUCUAUCUACACAGCUAAAGAUUUGACCUUCAAAAAAAUCAUGACUGUCGUCCCCAAGGUCUGGAAGCGCCUCAUGGUCACUUUCCUAUGGAGUUUCGUCAUCGUCUUCCUUUACAAUAUUGUUGCGGUGGUUUGCUUCGUAAUUUCCAUUAUCGCCGUCAAUCCUGGAACCACCGCCGGCACAGUUCUUCUGACCGUUCUUGCCAUUCUCUACUUCUGUGGGGUUGUUUAUAUCAGUAUUGUGUGGCAUUUGGCUUCGGUUAUCUCUGUUUUAGAAGAUUUCAAGGGGAUUAACGCUAUGACCAAGAGUAAGGCUUUGAUCAAGGGGAAGAUGAAGGUUGCGUUUGUGAUCUUCGUUAUGUUGAUCAUCGCAUUUAUAUUGAUUCAAUUUGGGUUUGAGAAGAUGGUGGUACAUGGAGAGAGAUUCGGGAUGUGGAGUAGGGUUUUUUCUGGGAUUGUUUGCUUCUUGUUGCUGAUGCAGUUGUUUCUGUUUGGGCUGGUUGUUCAAACUGUGUUUUACUUUGUCUGCAAAUCGUAUCACCAUGAAAGCAUCGAUAAGUCUCUCUUGGCAGAUCAUCUUGAGGUUUAUGCCGGUGAGUAUGUUCCUCUCAGGGGAAAGGAUAUUCAAUUGGAGCAAUAUGAGGUGUAA